AUGGUCAUUGGCUCACCGAAACGCAACCCAAACUCCCCUGGCUCGCCCUUUCAUCGCCAAAAACCUGACGGCUCUAGGCCUCGACUUUCUUCAGUUCAAAAUACGCCCUCCCCACAUCGCCCUCGACGGUCCGAAACUGCGUUUGUCGACAUAGAGAAUCAACAAUUUUAUCCUUCAUCUUUGCCUCAUUCACCUGCCUCUCCUGGGGUCCAAUCGACUCCUCCUGAUCGCCGUAGUUUUCAAGGCGAUCAUCAUCGACACCGCUAUAUGAUUCAUUCCGGUCAACAAAGUCGGCCUCGGCCUUCGCCCAAGUCUCAAAGUGGACAGAGUCCAGGUCAGCGUUCAGACACGGCAGCUCGAGUCAAGCCUCCCUCAGGUCCUCCUCGAAAGCCUACACCCCAACGUCAUCUUACCUCCGAUCGAUCUCCUCACCACCGGCCCACCCCUCAACACCUCGGCGCGCCAGCUAAUGCUCACUAUUCACCUCAUUAUGGUUCAGCCGCCCACCAGGCAUCUCCCAGCAAACGCAAACCUCCACCUCCUGCUCCAGCUGUCGAUCUACAACAAAGUACCAACCGUCAGACUCGCGCUCUUACACCUGAAUCUCCCUCACCAGCACCUAAUUCAAAUAAAAACAGUCCUUUCAACAACUCUCCGGGGGCUAGUGUACGAUCUUUCAUACAGCAUGAAAGCCGUACUCCAAGUCCAAGUGCCAGUCCACGGAGCGGGCUGGUGAGAAAAAUCGGUUCAGUCCUCAGCGCACCCUUCAGGUCCUCCCAGUCGCGUCGAGGCUCAGAUGCUUCUGAGAUCAAUUGUCAAGAUCGCGCGGUCAAGAAGGGAUCGUCCGGCCCAUCCGCUGAUCUCGCAAAGCCAACCUCACAAGAUUUUCAAGAUCGCGCCGCCAGUCAGCAUCUUGACAACAUUGUACUGUUUUUCAUCAGAGAAAUAGCCGCGAUCUUGGAUAAUAAUGGCUCCCAUAAUCGUACCAAUAUACAGGAGCACUUACCAAGGAUGCCAACCCCUGGGGAGAGCCCUGGACUUCAUCGCACGCAACAAGCUGGAGACCGCUGCCUCACACCAUCCCAACUCAUUACUCGUGGUAUCGAUCUUGAAGAAUCAGUUGUAGUUCCUAAUGAGCACGAACGAGUUCUGCGUGUUGUGAAUGGAUGUGCCACUACCAGUACCCAAGCAACGACUAAUGCUCAACGCCCAGACGUCCGCGAUGUGAUCAAGGAUGAUCGCCCAGUUUCUAAUCUACAGCCUACUCCCAGCUUCAGCACCUCUACUUCCGUGGCCGCUGCUCCGUUCAGGUGCAAUCAAUGCGAUGAAUUGGAGCACAAGCUUCAGGUUGAACAGAAUAGGAUACGUGCCUUAGAGCAACUGGUAGAAGAUCAAAUGACGCGACUCGAUCAGUUCAAGAAUUGGUCAACAGCUAAGAUCAAUACUCUCGAACACGCACUCAAAGCACAUGAUGGACUUUUGCAGGACUUGGAGCGGCAACAAUAUGACAGCAAGGCGAGUCCUGAUUUGAAGAGCACUUACUUGAUUGCACUGCAAAAAGACUUUGUGGAUCUACAUAGCCGAGUAGUCUCCUUAGAGACUUUUGGAAACACCAAUAAAUCAACCGAAACUAGCACGAGGGUUCCCAGUUCAGUUUCGAUAAGGGGUCUGACUGAUGCCACAUCAACCAGGGGAUGGAACUCUUCAGUAUCCCCAUCGACUCUGGGGACUUCUCUUGGGCGUCAAACGCUUGAGCUUCCUCCUCAACCUAUCUCGCCAGUACCUCUGCGCUCUCAUCCGACUUCACCUCUUUUACGUUCAUUUGAUGAACCAGAGGAGCUCGAGGAUCAUCAGCCGCCUACCUUGCCUCAUGCUUCUUGCCCAGCAACUGUGUCUACUUCACCAAUUCCACCCGAUUUAGAAAGACUUCAAGAUAUGAAUCCCGCAUCAGAAGUCACCACACCUAAAAGAUCUACUUGGCAAGCCUCUUCCCCUGCAAAGCUUGCUUCCAAGUUGGCACCACUUUCACCACCCACACCCAAAGGUCUUCGUAAUACGCCAGGUACACCUAGUUCUCGUAGUCCUCGACCUCGUUACACUGCGGCCUUGAGUACCAAAAUAGCAGCUACACCUUUAAGCCUUGGUUCUAAUAUAGGCAGUCCAGGAAUAAAGCGAGCUUCGGCUGGACCUAGUACAAGUUAUGGUAAUUCAGAAAUAUCUAAAUUAGAACGAGGGAUUACUACUGGUCGAACAACACCUAUGUCAUCACAACCUGCUUUUACUGCACCCAACACCCCAUCUCAUUAUCGUGCCCCGAGUACACCCUUGAACCAUGCUCGUGCAUGGCAACCAUUAGACUUGACUAAAAAUGCCAUCACAGGUGGUCAUACGAAACGGUUUUCAGUAAUAUCGAAUCCUUCUUCAACAUCUUCUCCUUUUGUUGCAGGAUCUAAUAAGAAACCAGUAGGAGAUUUGAUCAGGAUGUUUGAUAAGCAAACUUAA